AAAAUACAGUUUAAUGAUACUUCAGGACUUGAAAUGCUAUCAUGUAAUGUACAAGAGACAUGCAAGUUUUUGGUCAAAAUUAAAUUGAGUAUGUGUUAACUAGCUAGAAAGAUUAUUGUAACUGAUUACAUGACAUAAUUUUAUGGCUGUAAAAAGGUUAAUAAUUGCAAGCAUUGAAACGCAUUGAUGACUAAACCAUAACAGUAAUCUCUCAGAAAAUUACUUCAACAUUUUCCCAAAAACAGUUUUAAAUUUGUAUGUGUCUUUUAUUUGGUUCCAGUUGAAAUUAAGAAAUAUAUUCAUGCUAUAUAAAAUAUAAUAUAAAUUCCUAAAACUAGGACAUAAUCUAUGGAUGAGGCUUCUGUCUUUUAUUUCAUGACUUUAUGAUAAAUAUAGCAAUUAAGUAUAAUACUCGGAGAAAUUACUCUAGUAGAUAGCGUCAUGCAGUUUAACAUUUUUCUAUAGUUCAUUUACCAUUACUCUAAGUUGGACGAUGAUAUUAUCAUUGCUUGGGAACUGUUGUUAAAAAAGAUAAAAUUAUCAUAAAAGUGUUAAAUUUCGACCAGAAUGCUACAAAUUUAACAUUAAUUUCCAACUGAAAUUGAGAAUGACAUAAAUUGUCCAAAAUGCUGAAAAUUAUUUUCACCAUUAGAUAGAGUAGAAUAUAAGAGUCAUGACUCCACUAUGUAUUAGGAUAAUUUUGAUUUUUAUCUUUUACAAAGACAGUCAUGAACACAUUCAUUUUACUUAUGUUUAUGUGCUACCAUUGUGAGUUAAAACCAAUUCUUGCCUUUUUGGCGAAUCGAAAUGUAUCUUCCGAAUCUCUGUCCUCUUUGAACCGAGAAGCGUCAGAGGGAUUUCUUUGGAAUAACACCCGACUUCCACAAUCAGUUAUUCCAUUGGAAUACGAUAUUUUUCUCCAUCCCAAUCUUACGGAAUUUAUGUUCUCGGGAAAGGUGGAAAUCAAAUGCGUAAUUCGAGAAACAACGAACUUUAUUGUACUGCAUUCCAAAGAUUUGGUAAUUUCUCAGACAACACUGACGACAAUCCCUUCCAAUGAGCAAAAAGAAGUUCGUUUGCAGAUGAAAAACGAUACUAAUCAACUUUAUCUUAUAAUGGAAGAUGCCAUUCCGAAAGAUGCCGAAAUUAUAAUUACCAUCGUAUUUGAUGGGAUACUGACCAUAAAUGGAGACGGGUUUUAUUUAUCGAAUUACGUCGAUUCAAACUUCAUUGUAAGAUAUACAGCUUCCACUCUGUUUGAACCUAUAGACGCCAGGAGGGCGUUUCCUUGCUUCGACGAGCCCGCUCUGAAAGCCAAUUUUUCGAUGUCGAUUGUCAGGGAGAAAAAGUUCAUCUCUCUCUUCAACAUGCCACGUGUACAUUCCAUACCGUUUGGAGAAAAUCUGAUGCUUGACACAUUUCAACAAAGUGUAAAAAUGAGCACUUACUUAGUUGCAUUUGCGGUUUGUGAAUUUGAAGGAAAGUCCAAGCUCUCAAAAUCAGGGGUGAAUAUAACAGUAUACUAUGCUCCUACAAGUCAAAUAGAAACAGUGGAUUUCUCUUUGGAUGCUGGUGUGACAAUUCUAGAUUACUUUAGCACCUUGUUUGAAGUAUCAUACCCACAACCUAAUCUUGACAUGAUUGCUGUUCCUGACCUCAAAGUAGAAGCGAUGGAAAACUGGGGGUUGAUCACUUAUAAAAGACAAUAUCUAGUUAUGCCAAUUAACUCUGGAUUUCAAAAGAAGCAUUUAUCGGCAUUAGUUGUAGCUCACGAAAUUGCUCAUCAGUGGUUUGGUAACAUAGUAACCAUGGCAUGGUGGGAUGAUCUCUGGCUGAACGAGGGACUCACUACUUUCAUGCAAUAUUUAGGAGUCCAUGCAUUCAAUCACAAAUUGCACAUGGAAGAAUAUUUUAUUGAGAAAAUAGAGUCAAUGAGAGAAGAAGACUCCAAAAAUACUCGAGUUUUAGAUCAACCAGUCUCUGUUCCUGAUAAAAGAAUAUUUGACCGUGUGACUUAUUCUAAAGGAGCUUCAAUCGUUCGCAUGGUCAGAGGCUUGCUUGGUGAAAAUGCAUUUAUGACUGGAAUAAACAAUUACCUAAACCAGAACAAAUAUAGCAAUGUAGUCAGCGAUGAUUUAUGGCAAGCUUUAUCAAACUCUUCUGAAGAUGCGAUAGACCUGAAAGCUGUCAUGAAGACUUGGAUGGAGGAGAGGGCUUAUCCUCUUGUAACUAUCCAUCAAAACCACUCCGAGGUCGUUAUAUCGCAAGAACCUUUUAUCUUGAUGAACACCACGUUCAGCCGUACUACACCAAGAUGGUCUAUUCCCAUUCAAUACGGAAUACUGGACCAACAUGGAAAUUUUUCAAGAAAUAUCGUAUUGCUACGUGAGGAAACAGCGAUCAUCAAUAUAAGCGGUCAUUUCAAACUCGUAAAAGGUAACUAUAGAGAUGAUGGAUAUUACAGGGUGAACUAUGACCCCGAAUCUUGGAAAGCAAUUACUGAUCAGCUUAUGAUAAAUCAUGAGAUAUUUUCACCGGGAGAUAGAGCGAAUUUGCUGAAUGAUGCCAUUACUUUUAUACGUUCCAGAUUUCAACUUUUGAACUUGUCUGUUGUCAUGAACCUGUUGAAUUACAUGGAAAAAGAAACAGAUUUUCUACCCUGGAUCUCAGCACAAAUUGCGCUUCAAGAUUUAACACCAGGAGACAUCAAACCCGAAAUUAAAGUUUUGAUGCAAAAUGUUGCUAGAAAAGCCACUAAAGCACUAGAAUUACUCAGUAACCAAUUGCAAGCACAGGAAAACGAAAAAGAGGAGGAAGAGGAGGCUAUGCAAAGUGUUCUGGAGAAACUGAUCAGGAGUAUUAAUGUAAGAACAAACGACAUCCCGAAUACUACAUUAGGACCCAUCAUUGAUUAAUCUACUCAAGGGAUCGAUUAGAUGAUAAAGGUAUAAAUCGAAGGUCUUAAAUGGCAUGUAACCUUGUUUUUCUGUAAAAAAAAAAAAAAAAAAAAAAGUAUGCUAGUUUUAUGACAGAUAAUAUGAUGUCCAAGAUUUUUAUAACUUUUAUAUCGCCAAGAACAGCAACUGGGUUGAUGACUAUGAGAUGGAAAUACUCAGAAAACUACCACUUGACGAAAUCUAUCCCUAUGAAUUAUAUUGUAGCCACUUGACGAAAACUAUCCCUUUGAGAUAUAUUGUAGUAUUCUGAAUAAAAUAUGUAUCCUUUAUUAAAAAAAAAAAAA